CGGGCGCCGUUUCCAGACGCACCGGCGAGCUCUGCGCAGGUGGUGGCGCGCCCGCCUGUGUUUGUCUGGGUAGUGAGAGGAGGCCCGACACCUGACGGUCCUCUCUCGUAGCUUUCUCUACGGUGGGUCGACCCCGAACAGCUGUAGAGAUUCUGAGCUUCUCGCCUCAGGGGACGAUUGGAGGGCGUAGCGGCCUUCAAAGGCUCGGCCGCAGAACCUUCCGCCUCCUCACUGCCUCGGAGAGGACAACUGCGGGUCAUCCCGCUGGAGAUGAGCAGCUCUCAAAAAAGGCACAAACAACAGAAGAAUGGAUACAGUUUCAUAUGUUAAAAGAAUGUUAAAAGGAAAAUAAGGAAGCUAGACGUCUCAGCAUGAAUCCAUCCAGACCUAGAUCAAGUGGUAGUGGAGAAGAAAUCUCAUUUCAAGAAAAUGAGAGAAGAUGGCAGCAAGAGCGUCUCCACAGAGAAGAAGCCUAUUACCAGUUUAUUAAUGAGCUCAGUGAUGAAGAUUAUCGGCUAAUGAGAGACCAUAACCUUUUAGGCACCCCUGGAGACAUAACAUCAGAGGAGCUACAGCAGCGCUUAGAUAGAGCAAAGGAGCAGCUGGCAUCCCAGCCUGGCUCCAGGAGUGGGUCAAGUGACGGAGACUCAGAAAACCUUAGAGAACAUUCAGAUGAGGAUUCUCUGCUACGAUGGCUGAACACUUUUCGGCGCACUGGAAAUGUGACUCGAAGUGGACAGAAUGGGAACCAAAGUUGGAGGGCUGUGAGCCGAACAAACCCAAACAGUGGAGAGUUUGGGUUCAGCCUGGAAAUCCAUAUAAAUCCUGACAACAGAGGCUCUGGAGCUCAUGGAGAGGAUUAUACAGACAUUCCUGUGUCAGGUGUUAGCAGAGAUCCUAGGCAGCAAAGAUCAUCUAGUCCUGUGGCUAUGCGAACGAGAAGCCAAACCUCCAGGAGUUCCAGUGGCGGUGACUCCAGGGUCCCAGGGGGUAGGCAUGGUGCAAGGGGGCAGGGUUCAGUGCAAGGAUUGUUCUCAGCACGGGGAAGGUUAAGAAAUGGAAUUGGAGGAACACUUGGUGUGCCUAGAGUUAGUGGCCAUCGCCCUAAUGUCAUCAACGCUCACACAAACCAGUCAGAUGGUAGUAAUCUCAGGCAAAGGGAACGGCAGCGGUUUGGAGCAGCACAUAUUUGGGAAAACGGGGCUAGAAGUAAUGUUACAGUGAGAAACACAAACCAAAGAUUAGAGCCAAUAAGAUUACGUCCUGCUCUCAGUAGUCGAAGCCGAUCCCCAAUUCAGACACAGAAUGGUACUGUAUAUCCUAAUUCCCAAAGGCAGAGUAGACCACUACAACAGACUGGUAGGAACAGAUCUGUUAGGCAUAGAGGUGUAACUCAAGUCUUUCUGGAACAAGAUAGAGCACGCAGAGGUACUGUUUAUACGCCGCUGUCCAACUCAAGACUUGUGUCAAGAAUAACAGUAGAAGAAGGAGAAACCACCAGGUCCUCAGCUGCCACACAGCGCCAUCCAGCAAUCACACUAGACUUGCAAGUCAGGAGGAUUCGUCCUGGAGAAACUAGAGAUAGGGAUAGCAUUGCAAAUAGAACCCGGUCGAGGGCAGGCCUGGCGGAAAGUACAGUUGAAAGCAACAGCGGGGGCUUUCACAGAACCAUUUCUCAUUUAGAGCGGUCAGGUGUCCGAACCUACGUGAGUACCAUAACAGUUCCUCUUCGGAGGAUUUCUGAGAAUGAAGUAGUUGAGCCAUCCUCCAUGGCUCUUCGGUCAAUUUUAAGGCAGAUCAUGACUGGGUUUGGAGAGCUGAGUUCUCUAAUGGAAGUGGAGCCUGAGUCAGAGAAUCAAGGAAACGGUCAGCGUUCACCAGAGCUGUACCUAGAACUGAAUAACGUAGAUGUGACUAACAACAGCGGUCAACAGGGUGGAGAUUCCUCACAAGCCAGGCAGGCCCAAGAAGACAGUGCUGAAAUGCUAGAUGUAAGUGAGCCCAGCCCGCCACAGGCCCGCAGCGAGGGCAGUAGAAAUAGCAGGCGGUUACGGAGGGCAGACAGUGUAGUCGAGACUGGAACAUUACCCAUUCUGCGCCUUGCUCAUUUCUUCUUACUGAAUGAAGGCGAUGAGGAUCCAAUUCGUGGUUUAACCAAAGAGCAGAUUGACAAUCUUUCUACCAGGAGCUAUGAACAAAAUGGGGUUGAGAGUGAGUUAGGUAAAGUCUGUAGCGUGUGCAUCAGUGACUAUGUGGCUGGGAACAAGCUCCGGCAGCUGCCGUGUCAACAUGAGUUCCACAUCCACUGUAUUGAUCGCUGGUUGUCAGAGAACUGCACCUGCCCUGUCUGCCGGCGGCCUGUUCUAGAGCUGGGGGCCGCAAACAAUGGGUGAGAGGCCGGGAUCUGGUCAGUGCCGGAUGUCCCGGAGCCACAUAGUCCAGCGCUUCUUCUUGAGUUACUUGUGAUGAGGUGACCAAGAUGAAAAACUAGCAGAGUAGAGCUUGCACUAUUUUUUGUGUGCUUUUUUUAAAAAAAACUUGUUACAAAGAGGUUGUUUAUAUAAAAUUUAAAAUGCAGAUGUUAAAUUAUCCAAAAGUAAAGAAUAGUUAAUAUUGCUAGAACCAAAUAACCUUCAAAAUGUUUUUAUUUUGGUAAUUUUGUCAUGUUAAGCACUUUUGUAUCUGCACAACUCAGUAUGUUAGGAAUCUUGAUUCUUUCUCUGAAUACUGCAGUAGGUUUUGCUGGGAUUUUCCAGUUUCAGCUCAGUGCUGUAUUUGGACACUACUGUCUAAGUCUGUGUAGACUGUUUGGCUGAAUGUCUGCUAGAUAGACUUCAGUUACUUGAAAUAAUUUAAGACAUAGCACACUGUACGUGUGUAUGCAGAUAUGUAACUAUGGUGAACAUAUCCACGCUAAAAACUACAAGUUUGAGAGUUACUUAAGCUCUGGGGCUUAGACAGCAUCUGACACAGUGUUAGCAUUGACAUGACCAUCUCUAAGAGGAAGUGAAUUAAGAUCCAGGUUAACAGAGAUUGUUUACUGAAGCGUGUCUGACAAUCUGACUUACUAGAGAGCGAGAGACAUAUAAUAAUGAACUUAGUAUUUCUUUAUUCAUAAAUGGAAUGUGGAAAAUUUUAGGACAGAUAGUUUAAGUUCAUCUUUUUUGUGACUUUUUUUAGAAGUACAAACACUUCUCGGGGUUAGGUAGGGUUUACAGCAUGCUUGAUUUCUCAAAUUUAGUUUUAAAAUCUAAAAUAUUUUAAAAUCUAUUAAGUAGUGAAAUGCAUAGAAGAAAAAAAUAUUAAAUUGGAUGCCAAAAAGCUCCAAAUAUAAUAAAAGCCUUUAAAAGAACGUAGAGUUUAUAUAAACACAAAGUAUGCAUUAAAAGUCUAUUUCCACCAGUAAACGUGAA